GGGAAGAAAUUAAGCGAGCAGAAACAAAUUUUGGUACAUUUGAGGACAUAUCCACAGCUGUACAAAUGGCUACACGUGUGAGUUGACAACGCCGUCCAUACUGUAUGAGAUAGAUGUUCGUUCGACUAUCGCCCGAAGAACAUUAGAAUUUGUAAAAUGAAAAUAUUCGAGUCAGAGAAGCUAACGAAACAUUAACAUUAUGGCGGACAAGGACAGUGGACGUUACAGAUACGAGUCCUACCCAUCUUUAGCAACGAAGCAACACAAUAACGGACCCAAUCAAUUAGUUAAAAAUGAGCCACCAAGCACGUUAAAAACGGCUUGCAGUAACGGCAACAUUGAUCAGUCUAAAUCAGAAAAAUCGAAGCGAUGCUGUUCGUGCAUGGGACCGAAAGCAACGUCAUUCUGGGUCGGGCUGCUGACAAACCUAGGCAUAUGCACACUAUUAUUCGGCUAUACACUAUUAGGUUCAUUUAUUUUUCUUGCCAUUGAGGGUGGUGCAUCAACAAUGCAACAACGUACACUCGCUUCCACAAAUAGACAACUGUUGCGACCGCCACCACAAAGCCGAUUAGAUAAUGUUUCAUUGUCACAGGCAACUGUAAAUGAAGCGACUGAGGCCAGACAAAGAACGGUGGAAAAUAUUUGGGACAUUACUGUCUCAUUGAAUAUAUUGUACAGAGAAAAUUGGACUCGACUAGCCGCACUUGAAAUCGCUAGAUUCCAAGAUCAACUAAUCAAACGGAUUACCGACGAAAUGACAGCUCAAUUGGAGGGAAACAACGUACCCCUGACUGGAGCAGUAAUGUAUCCACAAUCGAAUGUACCCGAAUUCGAUUGGACCUUUGCCAGAGCUUUUUUAUAUUCGUUGACUGUGCUCACGACAAUUGGUCAUGGUAACAUAGCUCCACGUACAACGUUGGGACGAAUCGUUACAUUAGCGUACGCAAUUUUGGGUAUUCCAUUAACGCUGGUGUAUUUGUCGAGUACGGGAGGAGUGCUAGCACGUGUUGCAAGAGGUGUAUUUUCGAAAGCCCUGUGUUGCUGCUUAUGCUCGAAUUGCGGAUACUGUUGCUACGACGAGAAACGAAUGGCCGAAAAGGAACGUCGAAUGAAAAAGAAACGCCAACAGGAGGAACUGAAGGCACAACAGCUAGCAUUACAGGAACCAUAUUACGUUCGAUCGGGAUCGCUUCAUAACAAUUUACAUUCACCGGACAAGCAAUUCCAACUGUCCGAAGUUGAUUCACUCAGCAUAUCAGAAUCUAGGACAUCGAUGCACGGUCUAAGUCUACUAGCACCGAUCUUGUUAUGCUUCUCCAUGAUGGUAAUAUACAUUGUGCUCGGCGCAAUUGCUCUAUGUCGACUGGAAGGUUGGCCGUUUCUGGACGGAAUUUACUUUUGCUUUAUGAGCUUAUCGACGAUUGGAUUUGGUGAUCUUGUUCCUGGAUUGAAAAAGGAAUCGACGACAACGACAUGGUUCUGUUCGGUGUACAUUAUGUCCGGAAUGGCAUUGACAGCAAUGUGCUUUAAUGUCUUGCACGAAGAAAUUGUCCAUCGAGUGAAACAUGUUGUCGAAAUUAAAAAGCGACCAAUGUCCAACGAAGAACGAGACUAUUUAGCUUCCUGACGGUACGAAAAGAACACAAAUUUAUAUCAACGAAACCCGACUGAGGAGACGUUGAUUUCUGGAACACCAACGUCUCUGAUAUUCGGCCAAGAUCCUGAUAUCAGCCAACUUCAUGUGCUGAAAGAUUGUAGCAAUCAUGCGUUGGGACAUGAACUAGUUCCCAUUGUUACGAUGAGCGAUCAGUCGAUUUUACCGGAGAUGUUGGACAAUUUACCCCAGCUGCAGCCAAUUCAACAAUGCAUCGGCUCGAAUAUACUGACCGGAGUUUAUACACUGCCAGAAGAGACAGAACUGGAGGUUGAAGAGAAUACAACAAUGUAAGGAAUAUUUGAACCAUUCUUCCGGAAACCAUAGGAAAACAAUAAAAGUUGAAUUUAACAAUAUAAAGUAAAGUUUGAACUUUCGCAUAAGUGGUAACGUUUAUAUAUAAUAUAGAAUAUUUAAAAUGCUUUAAUGUGGAUGGUUGUAGAACCCGUCAACUUGAAGAGAAAAAAAAUGAAACAUUGUGAAUUCUUAUAAGAAUAAAAUUACACGAAAACCCAUAAAACUUCACUGUACGAGGUUAAACACAAAUUCAAACACUUUUCUUAAUUUCUUUUUCUUUAACAUAAUUUUAUGUAAGCAAUCAUCCCAUCCCAUUGCAAUAACAAUUACGUUUCCUAACUCUUACUUAUUUAAAAAAUAAUUUUUUAUGACGCAGGCAGGCGUGAAAAUACACUGGGUAAACACUGGAGUGCAGAAUUUGCAACAGCUGUUCUUUUAUCAAGUGUUGUCUGAUUUACCGAUUUAUACAGUUACAGCUGGUACAAGACCUUGGGGUCACGUGUUCACCUCAGGAUAAACUACACCAUCGAAAUGCGAUUUCCAACCUUUUGCCCUCAGAUUCAGAAUAGUUAUUUGUUGGAAAAAAAGUUGGAAAUUGUAUUUCAAUGGGGUCGUUUAUCCUGAGGUGAGCACGAGACCCAAGGUAUUUUAGCAGCUGUGACUGUAUAAAUCGGCUAAGCUCGGUGAACAAAAAACUAUUUUUAAUCUGAGUGAAAAAACAUAGCUAACGCCGACCCGUACGAAACACCUAUUCGUAUCAAA